GAAGGGAGAAGACUGGUGGUUAGUGUUAGGGCAGAUGAGACAUCACAUUUAAUCCCUGCAUAUAUAGAUGGGUGAUGUGUAUCAGUCUAACAGUAGACACAGACUUUUACAUUAACUGUAAACGUCUCACUGCUCUGUUUGAAAACAGCCUUUUGUCUCUAACCGUGAAAGGAUGAAGUGUACUGUUGUCUUUCUUGUGUUGUCCAUGGUGGUUCUCAUGGCUGAACCUGGAGAGGGUUUUCUUGGAUUGCUUAUCAGUGGAGCCAUCUCUGCUGGCACGAUGAUCCACGAUCUUGUCCGCCAACACCAUGGGGACUUGCAGCUGGAGCAGCUGGAGCAGCAGCUAGAGCAGCUGGAGCAGCAGCAGCAGCUUGACAAACGUUCUCUUGAUGCAUUUCACUAGGCUAAAGAGGCCUCUCAGAAGUUACAUUUUCAACGAAAGAAAAAUGCUUCUUGCUCCUCAACAUAAGAAAGAAAUUCAUCAAGUGUGGCAACCACAAUAACAUAUGCAUAGACUUAACUGACUGAGGAAUAGUGGCCAAAUACAUUUGGCAAACUGUCAGUUGCUCAGAUUAAAUAUGCAUUGCAGCCAAACAUUUUCUGCUAUUUGCUUACAAUUUUGAUUAGAAUAAAACAAAUGUUUAAAA